AGGGCGACCGGCUGCGAAUUAGCCUAAGUUAUUAAAGAUGGCGGCGGAGCGGAGUCGCUCGCCCAUGGACUCUCCCGUGCCGGCCUCUAUGUUCGCCCCCGAGCCCAGCUCCCCCGAGAAAGCUAAGGCGGCGGCGGCCGCAGCCCGACUCCACGGCGGCUUCGACUCCGACUGCAGUGAGGACGGAGAAGCCCUCAACGGCGAGCCGGAGCUGGACCUCACCAGCAAGCUGGUUCUAGUGAGCCCUACAUCAGAGCAGUAUGACAGCCUACUUCGGCAGAUGUGGGAGAGGAUGGACGAGGGAUGCGGAGAGACCAUAUAUGUCAUUGGGCAGGGAUCAGAUGGGACUGAGUACGGGCUGAGUGAAGCUGACAUGGAGGCCUCCUAUGCCACAGUGAAGAGCAUGGCGGAGCAGAUAGAGGCCGAUGUCAUCCUCCUGCGGGAGCGUCAAGAAGCUGGCGGCCGUGUGCGCGAUUACCUGGUCCGGAAACGAGUAGGAGACAAUGACUUCCUGGAGGUCAGGGUAGCAGUGGUGGGCAACGUGGAUGCCGGCAAAAGCACACUUCUGGGAGUUCUGACACACGGGGAGCUGGACAAUGGCCGUGGCUUUGCCCGCCAGAAACUUUUCCGCCACAAACAUGAGAUUGAAUCUGGUCGCACCAGCAGUGUGGGCAACGACAUUCUAGGCUUUGACAGUGAAGGCAAUGUGGUAAACAAGCCUGACAGCCAUGGUGGCAGCCUGGAGUGGACAAAGAUCUGUGAGAAGUCCACGAAGGUGAUUACCUUCAUCGACCUGGCUGGCCACGAGAAGUACCUUAAGACCACUGUUUUUGGCAUGACUGGCCAUUUGCCAGACUUCUGCAUGCUCAUGGUGGGCAGCAAUGCUGGCAUCGUGGGAAUGACCAAGGAACACCUGGGCUUGGCAUUAGCGCUCAAUGUACCCGUCUUUGUAGUAGUUACCAAGAUUGAUAUGUGUCCUGCCAACAUCCUGCAAGAAACCCUGAAGCUGUUACAGCGCCUGCUAAAGUCACCAGGCUGCCGGAAGAUCCCUGUCUUGGUGCAGAGCAAAGACGAUGUGAUCGUUACAGCCUCCAACUUCAGCUCCGAGAGGAUGUGCCCGAUAUUCCAGAUCUCCAAUGUUACAGGUGAGAACUUAGAUCUGCUGAAGAUGUUUCUCAACCUAUUGUCUCCCCGCACCAGCUACAGGGAAGAGGAACCUGCUGAGUUCCAGAUUGAUGACACCUAUUCUGUCCCGGGUGUGGGGACAGUGGUGUCAGGGACCACACUGAGGGGCCUGAUCAAGCUGAAUGACACACUGCUACUGGGGCCAGACCCUUUGGGUAACUUCCUGUCCAUUGCUGUCAAGUCAAUCCAUCGCAAGCGCAUGCCUGUCAAGGAGGUGCGGGGGGGUCAGACGGCCUCCUUUGCACUGAAGAAGAUCAAGCGCUCGUCCAUCCGGAAGGGCAUGGUGAUGGUCUCUCCACGUUUGAACCCCCAAGCCUCCUGGGAAUUUGAGGCUGAGAUUCUUGUCCUCCACCACCCCACCACAAUCAGCCCACGCUACCAGGCCAUGGUACACUGUGGAAGCAUCAGGCAGACAGCCACCAUUCUGAGCAUGGACAAAGACUGUCUACGCACAGGGGACAAGGCCACUGUCCACUUCCGCUUCAUCAAAACCCCUGAGUACCUGCACAUAGACCAGAGGCUAGUGUUCCGGGAAGGCCGCACCAAGGCUGUUGGCACCAUCACCAAGCUCCUCCAGACCACCAACAACUCCCCCAUGAACUCCAAGCCCCAGCAGAUUAAAAUGCAGUCGACGAAAAAGGGCCCUCUGACCAAACGAGAAGAGGGAGGCCCAGCCGGGGGGCUGGCAGGGGGGCCUCCCCCGCCUGGAGAUGAAGCUUCCUCUUCAGGGACUGGGCAGGCAGCUGCAUCCGGUGGUCUCCAGCCACAGCCUAAACCCAGCAGUGGGGGCCGGCGACGAGGGGGCCAGCGCCACAAGGUGAAGUCCCAGGGAGCCUGUGUGACUCCUGCCAGCGGCUGCUGAAUCUUCCUUGGCCCACCCUGACCAUCUGUGGGAUUCACUCUGGCCACUGUUCCCGAUGGGCAGAGCAGCUCUGCUCACUACUCGCCCAUGCCCAGGCCAUAGCCAGAGACUUCUUUUCACCCACCCCCAUUUUCCAGGGGGUAGUAAUUUAUAAGCUGAGGAGGGACUAGAUUUGCUGAGGACUGACCAUCUCCAACCUCCCUCCUUCCUCACUCACAUCAUUUGUACAUCUGGGCCCUUAGUUUUUAUUCUUUUUAUUAUAUCUCUGUCUCUAGUGUGGCUGUGUGAAUGUUCGUGAGAGGGAUAGGAGUGCAGCUGGCCAGGGCUGUCAGUCUCCUUUUCUUCCUCCUCACUGGCACAUCAGCCUCGGGAAGUUGGCUGCCUGCCUGUCCUCAAAUCUGUCCGUCCAUGUGUCUGUCUCAGUAAGAUCCUCAGAACCGUUAGGGGAUGUCAGUAGCCCAAGGCACCUCUCUUCCCUGGCCUAUUCUCUUCUCAGCUGGAAGCCCUUCCACAAGGUUGACCCUUGGGCCUGUGGGAUUCAGUUGUCAGACCAGUGAUCCCCAUCAAAGAUUUUGGGAGUUUAACAGGGAGAAAGUGGUGGCUUCCUCCUUUCUCUCCUUUUCUGAAACUGUUAAGCUCCCAGGCAGAUAAUGCCAACAGCUCUUCACUGGUACUGUAAGUGGCGACAGCAUUUGUGAGACUAUCCACACUGACUCUUGACCCUUGCCACGUAUCCAGACCUUGGUGGGAUUCCCCGUGCAGACAAUCCUGUGCUUGCCUGACUGCUCUGGCCUCUGUCAGUCUUGCUGCCUGGAGGCCCCUCCUGCUUAGACUGACCUCUGGCUGAGCCUGGGGUUCUAGACUCCUCUGGGCCUUUGUGGGAUCAGGUUUCCUAGCUACUCCUUGCCCACAUUACCCUCAACAUGGCUGCUACAGCCAUGGCUUUAUAGCAGUGAGGGCUUUAAACCAGAUUUGGAUGCCCCUCUUGGGGUACACAAGAGCAAGCAGAGCAGCAUUGAGCCCUGCACCCCCCCCCCCCCAUUAGCACUGCUGCCUGGGGUGAGGGCAGGAUGGCACCAUUACCUUGGGCUGAGGUCCUUCUUUGCAGCCAGGGCAUACACCCAGCCGGCUGGGUCCCUCUUUAGUCCCACCUCACCUCUCCUGUCCUCUGCUCCUGACUUCUGUCCCAUGUCCCUUCCUCCCAGCUACUUCUAGUUAGCACUGCCCCACGGCCAUGGGCUGACAAGACCAGCACUUAAAUAAGAGUUUGUUCCAUGUUGACAGUGUCAUGCUCCCUGCCUGGCCUCCAGGUGGAGGUGCUGCAAUGGGGAUGCUGUGGUUCUGCCUGCCCUUGGGGACCUGGUGACAGCCCAGGGCCCCGGCUGCCAGGAGUCCAACUUCAAGAGGGUGUGAACCCUCCACCAGCUUUCUUUGGACCCCACUGCCUUCAUCUGCUGUAGGAAGCUCACCCCCGUGUGGAGGUUCAGUGAAAGCCCGAGGGAGGCCCUGGUGCCCUGAGCCAGUGAAAGCAGCGUGCUGUGCCACGUGUCUGCACUGCCUGGUAGGCUCAUGAGUCACGAUCUGACACUCCCUGCUGCCCUCUCUGAGAUAGGCACAGUCCAGUCUGUACCUAAAGCUCAGGAAGUGGCCGUUCCCACUGGAUACCACUUCCUCCGCCAGCCUUCACCCAGCAGCUUUUCCUGGCCAGCUGUGGCUCGUCCUGACGUGCAGUCCUGUCGCUCGCCUGUUUCACCUGCUCCUUUGCGGCUUUGGCUCACUCAGGCUGAUGCCUUCAUAGUGCCGGGCUCCAGUAUGGUGACAUAGGACAUAGCCAGGGCUGUGGGCUGUUGUACAUCAUUUGACCACAGUGGAACUUUGAUUUGAACUCUGCCCCUGUAAGCAGCAGUGGUCACCAGAACUGUUCUUUUGUGUUCGGGAACCAUGCUGCCACCCUGGCCUCCACUGUCAGGUGGUGGGACUGGUAGACCCCACCCACUGCCAGCAGGGAGCUGACUGAUUUCAGUGUUGUACUGUCAUUAACAGGACUACAAAGGUCUCUGCAGGCCUCAGCCCUCCCAUCUGGGGCAAAUACCAGCCCAUUUAUAGUUGAUGAAGAAUAAAGUUGUUAAUCUGUUGAUUUCAA